AUGGAGACCACACUCUUCCCCGUGGCGACCCUCCCCGCCUGCGCCAAAAACUGCGGCCUCCUCUACGACGUCAACGGCGCCUGCGUCCCGCCCGCUAAGCCCACCGCCGCCGCCUCCGUCUACGACGCCUGCUUCUGCGGCGACAGCCACCUGGCCUCCUUCAGCGCCGGCACCGCCGGCGUCUGCGACGGCGCCUGCCCCGACAACCCGGCCGGGCUCAGCUCCAUCCGCAACUGGUACACCAGCUUCUGCGCCGGCAAGAAGGCCGUCGCGCCGCAGACCACCUCGACGAAGGGCUCUGGCGGCAGCAGUGGCUCGUCGGCGGGAUCGAGCGGCGGUGGGAAUCAUGACUGGCUCUCCACGCACUACAAAUGGGUAAUCUUCCUCGUCGUGGUCGUUGUCGCCAUCGCGGGCAUCUGGAUCGGCGCCUGCAUCUGGCGGCGGCGGUACCUGCGCAAGAAGGACCGGCAGUACGCGCUGGGCAAGCGGCUCGCGCACUUCACGUCGUCGGGCCGCGUCGUGCCCAACGCCAGCCAGGCCGCCUCCAUUCACGUGCCCUCGGCCGGCAUGUUCGAGCCCGCCCCGCUCUCCGCCGCCGGCGUCUACGACGGCCACUCGGAGAAGCCGAACAAGGUCAAGCAGAAGAAGAAGAAGUGGGUCGUCACCGAGCGGACGUGA